UGGGCUCGGCAGUUGCCCUGACCCAGGCCACCGCAACUGGAGGGUUUGGAGGCCACACUUGAGGCCCAGGCGGGGCCCAGGCGGGGCCCAGAGUGGAAAGAUGGCUGAUGGGGGCAGCGACCUCAGCACCAGGGUAUCUUCAGAAGACCAGAGCAUCGAUGACAGACUCAUCUAUGAGACUUUAUUCAAACACUUCAAAAGACACAAGGUGGAAAUUUCAAAUGCAAUAAAAAAGACAUUUCCUUUCUUUGAGUGCCUCCGUGACCGUGAACUCAUCACGAACAAAAUGUAUGAUGAUUGUCAAGAGUCUUGUAGAAACCUGGUCCCUGUACAAAAAGUGGUGUAUAACGUUCUCAGUGAGCUGGAGAAGACAUUUGACCUGCCACUUCUGGAAGCAUUGUUCAGCGAGGUCAAUAUGCAAGAAUACCCUGAUUUAAAUAACGUUUAUAAGACCUUCGAAAAUGCAAUCCAAGAAAAAUUUAGUUACCAAGAAAGUGAUGGAGAAGAGGUGGUGAAGAGUCCUAAUAUUCAACUGAGCCUUGAAAAAGGAACUGGUGAAAACUCAUAUCGAAGCCUGACCUGGUUAUGCCCACAAUCCUCAUCUGACAAUGGUACAACCCCACGUGAAAAUGGACUCUCAGAGAGCCUCUGUGAAACAGAAAAGAUAAAUGCAAACAGAAGAGAUUCAACCAGUGAUGAAAAUGAUGCACUAGAAAGUGAACAAGCAAAUAAAGAGUGUGCCCAAGAGUCUGAGCCAGCAGAGUCCUGUGAACAAGCACUUAUCCAAGUGAAUAAUGGAGAUACAACAGAAGAGACACCCAGCACAUCACCCUGUGAUAGAGAAGGAGUAGAGCUACCAGGCCAUGGGAUCCAAAUAAAUUCCUGUUCUGUAUAUCUGGUGGAUAUAAAGAAGGAAAAGCCAUUUUUUAACUCGACAGUUGAUCAGCAAGCCCAAGUAAAGACCAACUGUAACCAGGCCUCCGACAUAAUAGUGAUCAGCAGUGACUCCUCAGAAUCCAGUGAUGGAGAUGAGCCCCUAGAAGCCUCCACGUCAGGACUGGAAAAUGGGCUUGUGACUGAUAACCUUGACUUAUUAGAAUCAAGGAAGGAAAGAGAAUCCAAAGAAGCCACCUGUUCACGACCUCAAAUUACAGUAGUGAAAAGAUUGGAUGACUCUUCAGAGUCCAGUGAGGAAGAAGAACCCCCAAGAGUCUUGAGCUCAGCAAUGAAAAGUGAAUCUGAUGAGGAGGAUCUUGUGGAUAUUGGAAACAGAUCUACUUGGGGGAUAAACAAUAGGAAAAGACACUGCCUGGAUAAGCAACAGAACUGGAAGAAGUAUAUAACAACAAGUGGAGAAGGGAUCAGCAGUGAUUACUUUUCAGAAUUGAGUCACGCAGAAGAACCUCAGGAAUCUUCUAGUUCAGACCUAAGAAGUGGGUCAGGAGCAGAGCCACAAGGACUUGGGAAUAAGAAGUGUUCCUGUGUCAUGUGUUUUUCAAAAGGUAUGUCAAGAGGCCGAGAAGCCAGGAGUGAGAGUAACCAAGCAUCUGACAUGAUGGAUACUGUGGAUAUUGGAAACAAUUCUACUUCGGGAAAACACAAUGAGAACAUAAGAAAAAGGAGAAGAUAUAAAUGCAAAAAAAACAGUCUCAAAAAAGUGAGAAGGAGAUACAAACAUAGAAUCCAAAAUCCGAGUAACAGAGCUCCGCGGAAAAGAGGCAGACCAAAAGGGAGAAAAACAGUCAACAGUGGGCCUUUGAGAAGAGGCAGAAAAAGAGGUCCAAGAAUUCCCAGAGAUACAAAUAUGAAUUUUCACCUUCCAGAAGUUCCUGUGACAUGUGGAGGGGCAAAGGGGAUUUUAUAUAAGGAAAGAAUGAAAAAAGGAACCACAAAGAGGUGUAUAAAGGGUGAGGAUGGAAGGUGGUACACCCUCAGGGACUUUGAAAUUGAAGGAAACCACGGACCGUCCAAGAACUGGAAGAUGAGUGUGAGGUGUGGCGGAUUCCCCCUCAAACAGCUGAUCGAGAAUAAAUUUCUACCAGACCCGCCAAGAAAAAAAAGAAAGAUUAUCCCAGAACAUAGUGGAAAUAACUGUGUUGACCCUUUUCCAGAAAACUCAAAUAAAUGUGAAGUGUGCCGUGGACAUGGAACGCUGUUCUGCUGUGAUACCUGUCCAAGGUCCUUUCAUGAGACGUGUCACAUCCACCCUAUAGAUGCUAAAAGGGACCCAUGGAGUUGCAUCUUCUGCAGGAUAAAAGCUUUUGAGGAAAGGUACCCACAAAGCCAGGUAUGUCGCCAGGAAUCUGACGUCCUGAAGAGGCGGAUGCUGCCUGAGGAGCAGUUGAAAUGUGAGUUUGUCCUUUUGAAGGUCUACGCCUGUUCAAAAAGCACCUUUUUUGCCUCAAAGCCACAUUAUAGUCUGGAAGCAUCUCAUGGGAAAAAACUCAUGUGGCUAAACAAAAUCAAGAAAAAGCUGAAAAUGAAAUGGUACAUCCAAGUGGACGGGUUUGUGCGGGACAUGAACACCAUCUUUCAGAACCACAGGUCAUUUUACAAGAACAACCAGAAAUUCAUCCGACUGGGAAGCCAAGUAGAGGAUGUAUUUCAGAAUAACUUCAGAAACACCUUUGCAAUUCAGGAAAGAAGUGAGGACAGUUCUCCGUUAGAGCCCACUCUUUCAUAAAGUACACCCCCCCCCCCAUCUUUAGCAGCUACAUGAUAAUGCACUGUGGUCAAAAUGUGAACAUUUUGCCUGUUGCUGUGGAAACAACUUUUUCAAACAGAUUUUUUAUUGCCAUUUCUGCUCAUUUAUUUUUCUAAAUAAAACAUAAAAUUAUCCUGUCAA